GAAGAUCCAUGUAAGCAAAAGCAGAGCGGACUGCAGAGCAUACCAAAGCCAAAGCCAAAGCCAAAGCCAAAGCAAAGCAAAGUUCCCUCCUUUUUUUCCCUUCCUCGGUCGAAUAUGCUCUCCUCCUCCUCUCUGGUCCCUCUCUCACCCAAUUGCACAUCUUUCAGCUGAAAGAGACCCCGCAUUUUCUGAGGCAGGGGAAGCAUUUUCAUCAUCCGGGUCGGAUCCGAAUUUCUUUUCUGCAUGUGGGUUUUGAUCCUAAACUUCUCGGUUUGCCGAAUUUGGCAGGGAAGUGCGUGAAAUCCGUGGGAUUGACUUUGAGGGUGAUUUCACGCAGAAGCCCUUCUUGUACCAAUAAAAAUCUGAAAUUUGGUCAUCUCGGGUUCUGCUCUGAUGGCAUAGUGCAGUUCAGUUUAUGGUGUGAUUGGAUGCUGAAGGUUUGCUUCAUGGGAUGUCUCUACGAGUCUGACCUCGAUAGAAGAUUCUUUUAUCGAUUUGGGCUGUCAUGUGGUGGGGUUUGAGAUGAUGAAGAGAGGUAAAGAACACGAUGAGCAGAUUGCCUCAACGGGGCCUAUGUUCCCGAGGUUACAUGUCAAGGACGCUGCAGAGAAAGGUGGGCCCAGAGCGCCUCCGAGGAACAAGAUGGCCUUAUAUGAGCAGCUCAGCAUUCCGUCCCAGAAGUUUAAUCCUCAGUUGCUGCCUCUGAGCAACAACCCAGCUAACAAUUUGGUCCCCCCUGCUUCAUCGAGUCAGGGAAGUGGAUGUGACAGGCAUGCUCUUUACCCAAUUCGCUUGCCUCUUUCAGCACCCACUCAUAUCUCCAAGAAGUUUAGUGUGCAUAAAUCUGAUGCAGCAAACACCAGUGCUUCAACCUUGCAAGUCAAGGCAAGAAAGAGGGCUCGGGUCGAAGAAGACUUUGCGGUGCCGGUAUAUGUUCACUUGAAGACUGGUCUUGGUAGAGGUCAAAGUGGGACUAAUAGGAGUACUUCCAAUCAUUCUGUGAAGACCCUGAGUGCUUCUAAUAGGGAAUUGAGACAAGAUUCUCAAAUUCCAGAGGCUCAAGAUCAGCACACAGCCAAUUCUAACAGAUUACAAGAUGAGCCUUUGGUGGACACCGAGAAAGGAAUUGGUUCAAGACAAAAGAAUGACUCUCUCGUGGGAGAGCAUUCCGGAAUUCAUAGUGAGGAUAAUGAUGAUCACUGCAACCUCUCAGGAGAGAGGACAAGGGAUUCACAGCUCAUGGAUGUCAGAAAAAGAGGCGAUGAUGUCUUUGAAGAUUCGAUGAUCUACUCUGUGUCAGGAUUAGAUGUCUCUCCUGAUAAUGUUGUUGGGAUUAUAGGUCAAAAUCAAUUCUGGAAGGCGAGGAGAGCGCUUGUCAAUCAGCAAAGGGUGUUUGCAGUUCAAGUGUUCGAGUUGCAUAGACUGAUAAGGGUUCAGCGAUUGAUUGCUGAAUCGCCUCAUCUUCUGCUUGAAGAAGACGUUUCUCUCAAGGUUCCUUCACAGAAUAAGUUCACCAUCAAAAUAAUACAACCUCCUAUACAAAAUCCCGAGCACAGAGAGGAGUCUGAGAAGCAGGCCCACAGGAUUGAACAGUCGGCAGAAAAUGGGGUCUCAAAGAAAUCCUUCUCCUCAGUAUUAGGAAACCAUCGGCCUCAUAUGGGGGACAUGCAUUCCAUUCCUGUGGCAACGGAUAAUAGCAAAAUGGGGUUUUGGGCCUACCAUCAACAAUCGCCUCCCAAGCAUCAGUGGCUGAUUCCUGUGGUGUCCCCUUCUGAAGGGCUCGUUUAUAAGCCUUACCCAGGUCCUGGGUAUGUGGGGCCUUACAAUGGCCAGGGCCCUUACGACGGCCAGGGCACGGCCCCUUUUGUGAGCAGCUUUAUGGGUCCUGCUUAUGGUGUACCUACACAUUUCCCCACUUAUGGUUCUCCAAUGAUGGGCCCCAAUUUCUCUGGUUCUUCCGUCGAGCAAAUCCGCCAAUUUCAUCAAUGGUCAGAGGAGAAUCCCGAUAUGAAUCUGCAACAUCAGAGCUCGUGUAAUGAACCCAGACGGAACCCUGCACCUGCUCCUUCACUGGAGAACUUCAGGGAGAGUGAGGUUCAGUUAAGCACAGGGAGCUGCCCUGGUGAGAGGCCUAUUGAAGGAGCUGGAGGCAUGCUCCCGCUCUUCCCUACGGCCCAACGGGUGUCGAGAAGAGGAUCCGAGCUUAACGAGGUUUCACAACAGCCCACACGUGUCAUAAAGGUUGUCCCUCAUAACCGCAGGUCUGCCACUGAAUCGGCAGCUCGGAUCUUCCGGUCCAUACAAGAGGAGAGGAGGCUGCAUGAAUGAAUCUCUCCAAGCCCUAAUACUUGUUACUUUAGCGUGUAUGGGUAGCUGCUGUUCCUUUUUGUCUGCUCCAUUUUUCCGUGUACUGUUUGUUAUUACAGAUGUAUGUGCUAGUCUGUGAGAUAGAAUUGCCCCUCCUCUAUACAGUUCAUAGGUUAGGUAAGUUGUUGUAAAUGUGCGUUUCGAUGUAGAGCAGUUCGAUGUUUGUAACAAUAUAUACUAUUCGGUUUAUCAGUAAAUUUUCAUGGUGUAAGGCAAUAUAAUAGGUGUAAUCUUUAUACAGUGGAGGUGAAAUUUUGGCUCUUGCAUUGUCAGUUUAUGCUCAA